AUGGGGGAAAUGACUUCCGCGGCGCUUUCCGCGCUGCUGCGGGAAAAGCCGAAAGUCUACUACAGAACAGCAGCACUGAACUCUGUGCUGUACGUACACCGCAGAGGCUUUUCUUCUUUGGGAGGCCUCGAGGGUUUUUCGGGACUGAAGGCUCUUUACGCCGACGGCAAUGGUUUGUGUUUGAACGAAAACUGCAUUCGGUCAAUUUCUGGACUUUCGCCGCUGAAGGAUUUGAGGGUUUUGAACCUCAGCAACAACUUCAUCAACGACUUGUCCGGCCUAGAGGGCUGCUGCCCGCUACUGGAGACGCUGCACUUGGGUUCGAACCAACUGGAGGACUCAAAGCUAAACCCUAUUUUAGGGUUUAGGGUUCUGGCGGUUUUGGACCUCAGCAACAACAGAAUUCAAAAGGAAGAAAGCAUAAUGGCCUUCAAACAAAUCAAACAACUCAAAGUCCUUUAUAUGCAGAGAAACCCCGUUGUGUCUCUAAUGGCGCACUACAGGCAGCGGACAAUUGUCUCUUUGGAGACACUUACCUUUUUGGACGAGGCCCCUGUGAAGGAGACAGACAGAAGAGUUGCUGCUGCUUUUGUGGCGGGAGGAGCAGCAGCAGCAGCAGCAGCAGCAGCAGCAAUUCGCCAAGAGAAACAGGCCCAGAGACUCAGGGCCAUGCAGGAGUUCAAGCGGAUGUGCGAAGAGGCCCGUAGAGCAGCAAAUGUCCAAACAAACGACAGGCAAGCAGCAGCAGCAGCAGCAGUAGCAGCAGCAGCCAGCAGUAGUAGUAGUAGCAGCAGCAGCAGCCAGAAACAGUAG